AUGAAGGCAAUUGUCUAUUUGGAUAAGACCAGGACAAGGUGGGGAGAAGCUCUGGCCAGCCUGGUGGGUCGGGAUGGAGAGAGGCCUCCAAUUACCGACUGUGACUGUGUGGCACGAAUGCUAUCGGUGGGUGUUGGAGGAGAGGAAAUGACCCAAGUUGUGGUUCUAGGUCGUCUCAGCGACACCUUAAUGAAGGCUCAUCCUUUGGAGGCCGAUUGCCAUUUGCCUUUCGACCUGUUGCUCGAGUGGUCAAGGAGGAUACUUAUAUACCACGAAGCGAAUGAAUCGACGGCUGAAAUUGAAGCUUCCAGCCGCAUCAGGAGUGCGCUGGCCGACGCCGUUAUGAAGCACCUUGAAGACGCAAAUCCGUCAGCUGCGGAGGAAGUGUGGCAUGAAAUUUUCGAGCAGAGUCCUCCAGCUGAGUAUGUUAACAUUGAAGAUGAAGAGGGUCCCGAAGACGUGUUGGAAGUGUUGUAUGCCAGAAUGUUGACGCCGGCGGAGCGGGAUCGUCUCCUAUCGCAAGUACCGGAUCGGGACUGGCUGCCCGUUAUCGAUAGAUCAAUUUCCUGGGAGAAGAAUGGUCUUCUCAGCAUCCAACCCUGGUGGCGGAGUAGGGCGGUGGCUGCGAGCGUGGCAGUGGGUGGCUUUGUCCUGGGGACUGUAGUGCUGACCAGUUUGAUGUUGCCCAGGUGCUCCGAGUCGUCGAAGAACAGCUCAUUGCGACAACUGAGCUCGUUAAGAUCGGCACCUUCCGAAGUAUCGGUGCCUGCCUGGGAUGUGUACGAGUGGACGCCAGAGCCGUUGCCACCAGCACCUGACGACGUACAGGACGAAUGGAAGGUACUCAACGACAAUUUUCCUGAAUGGAGGCUUCUUAACGACAUUAUUUCAGAGUCAGAACUGGCUUCACUGCGAACAACAACGGACGUUUGUCAACGUUCAUUUAACGCCACGAGGGAGAAGAUGCUACCUGUGACUGAGGUUGACUGGCUAAAAGUGGGGUGGUGCAGCGGUGAUGGUGGUCAAUUGAUUUGCUCGCGUUGGGACUAUCCAUCUCCCUUUUGUCACUACUUUGGCAAUCCCACUAAAUUCGAUUUAGCAGUCGUCGGGAAGGCAGUCGGCCGUCACUUCUUCCCAAACGGAUGUGGGAUCCAGUGCAACUCGGGAAAGGAGGGGGUGCGACUUCUAUUCGAGAAAACCGCAAAAGAGCUCGCACCAACCGUUCUGAACAAAGAUGUGAGUGAUUUGCCGUCAGCAGAACUGGAGAAUACGGGGCGUCAAGUUUACUACCGGCUCGCCGCUAGCCCCCACUGCUCACGAUCCCGUCGGCGCUGUCACUCAGCCAACUGCACGUUGCCAGAAACAGGUUGCAGGUGCCUCAUCGCCAGGCGCAUAUGCUCACUACGAGAUCAAAAGUUCAACAAAUAUGAAGCAGACGACUUGGUCGAUUUUGAUACUAGCCCAGAGAGACUAUUUAACCAGCUUGGUGCAAUCGCAUUACCGCGCCACAAGAAAAAGUCAAGCGAGUGCCAAGUUAUUUGUGAGAUCCCAAGACCGGCAUCGGCAUUGUAA